UUCGGUCAAUAUUAAUUAGUGUUUUAAAACAAGUUGAUCUUAGGAAUUAAACUUUCAAAAUAGCACCGAUUAUAUUCGGUUGAUAUUAUAAUUUUUCAUAAUAAUAAUAUAGUAUAAAAUUUAUUAUUAGUAAGUAAUAUUUAAAAGAAUAUACUAUAGAUAUUAUAUUUUAUAUAUUUUGUAAAUUAUGCGUUUUACGCGCUAAGCGAUAUUCCUAAACAUCGCUAUUAGUCAUCAUCAAUCUAAGAAAUGGGCCUAACAUUCCAUCCCCAGUAUGAUCCCAAACGAUCACAUUCCGAAACGCUGCUCGUUUCUUGUUGUCUUUCAGUAUAACAAUUGGUUUACAUUCAGUGAGUUUGAGGAACACCAUGCACGUUCUUGCCGACCUAUACAUGCCAGAGAACUUACAACGGUGAAUGCUUUCAGAAGCAUGAUGCAUGAUGAUAUGAUGGUGGGUGCAUUCUCACAUUCGACGGCAGUAGGGAAACUACGUAAAGACUUGCCAGAUGUUGCAUCCGAUGCUCGUCAGAAAUUCCCUCGUUAUAAUUUAGAUGAAGCAGAAGCUGUUUGCUAUUACUACCUUCGGCAAAGACUAGUAAGGCGCGUGAAGUAUUCUCUGAAGAAAACUGGAAGAAGAUAUUUUCUUUGGCUAAUGGAAAUGGAUCAGAGAUGCGUUGGUUAGGGGAAAUAAACUUCUCAGUUAAUUAACUUUCUGAUUUAAAAGGAAGAUUUUAUUGUUAUUUGAGUUUGUAGGUUUACGUUUUUGUUGUCUGUAAAACACUCUAAAUUUCAAAUUUCCUUCUCAAUAAAAUCAGUUUUUCAUUUCCAUGACCAAUUAAUCACAAAUUUACAUCAUAGAUGCACAACAUUAAAAUUGUGCAACUUUCUAUUAUUAGAAAAUAAAAUACUGUAUAUACAAGAUGUAAAACAACGAAAUGAUUAAAAGAAAAAGUUGUCGAAAUAACAGAACUUCAGACAUAAAUUGGAACUCGAAAUAAUUUAUUUGCUGAACUACACGAAGUAGCAUAGCAUAUAACAUCAAUAUAAAACAAUUGAGUUACACAAGUACACCAAAUGAGUUUUGGUUUUCACACAAUGAAAGCUUUUGAACCUAAGAUGACACUUUUGGUACACAAGUCCUACUGAAAACGAAUUUACUUAAAAGAGAUAUACAAACCAGAAUGUAAACAAGAAGAAUACAAUUAGCUCAACUUAGGAAUAUGAAACCACACUCAUUACUAUCGCCAUCCCAUCACCAUCACCUUAACCACAAUAACUCUGGAGAACAAAAAAAUGAAUUUAAAAGAAAAUAAUGAAAGAAAGAAAAA